AUGGUCGCGCGGGAGGGUCCGGAGGCGCCGGGCCGGGCUGCGCUGGGUGUGGGUGGCCGCGAUCCAGCAGGGGCGGAGCCGGAUCCGGCGGCCGCGAGCCGCCGCUUAGAGGCCCCGGCGCUGACAGCUAUGGGCGGGGGGUCCGGGGGAACUCGGGGGUCGUCGGUGCUGCUGCUGCUGCUGCUACUGUGGCUCCUGCCAGGCACCUGGGUGCUUCAAGGAAACAGCCCUGGAGAGCCAGUUACUCCCCACUGGGUCCUGGAUGGACAACCCUGGCAAAUGGUCACCCUCGAGGAGCCGGUCUCCAAGCCAGACGUGGGGCUAGUGGCCUUGGUGGCUGAAGGCCAGGAGCUCCUGCUUGAGCUGGAGAAGAACCACAGGCUUCUGGCCCCAGGAUACACAGAGACCCACUACAGGCCAGAUGGGCAGCCAGUGAUGCUGAUCCCCAACCACACGGAUCAUUGCCACUACCGUGGGCGCGUGAGGGGCUUCCCUAACUCCUGGGUAGUCCUCAGCACCUGCUCUGGGAUGAGUGGCCUGAUCACACUCAGCAGCAAUGUCAGCUAUUACCUGCGUCCCUGGCCACCUGAGGACUCGGAGAACUUCUCAACCCACAAGAUAUUGCGGAUGGAGCAACUGCUCACCGGGAAAGGGGCCUGUGGCCAUAGGGACCAGGGGGACAAAGGGGGCAUGACCUGUCUUCCUCGCGCUCCCCGGAGCAGGGAGAGGCGACAGGCCCGCAGGAGCCCGAGGUACCUGGAGCUGUACAUAGUGGCUGACCACACGCUGUUCUUGACCCAGCACCGCAACUUGAGCCACACCAAACAGCGUCUCCUGGAGGUCGCCAACUACGUGGACCAGAUUCUCAGGACUCUGGACAUUCAGGUGGCGCUGACCGGCCUGGAAGUGUGGAGCGAGCAGGACCGGAGCCGCGUCACGCAGGACGCGAACGCCACGCUCUGGGCCUUCCUGCAGUGGCGCCGGGGGCUGUGGGCGCGGCGGCCGCACGACUCCGCGCAGCUGCUCACGUGGGUGCCUCCGACGCCCACGCGGGUCCCCGGCUGGGCGGCCCCGACUCCCGGNNCCUCCCAGGACCACUCGGAGCUCCCCAUUGGCGCCGCAGCCACCAUGGCCCACGAGAUAGGCCACAGCCUGGGCCUCAGCCACGACCCCGACGGCUGCUGCGUGGAGGCGGCGGCGGAGCAGGGCGGCUGCGUCAUGGCGGCGGCCACGGGGCGCCCGUUCCCGCGCGUGUUCAGCGCCUGCAGCCGCCGCCAGCUGCGCGCCUUCUUCCGCAAGGGGGGCGGCGCGUGCCUCUCCGACGCUCCGGACCCCGGGCUCCCGGUGCCGCCGGCGCGCUGCGGGAACGGCUUCGUGGAGGCGGGCGAGGAGUGCGACUGCGGCUCCAGCCAGGAGUGCCGGGACCUCUGCUGCUUCGCCCACAACUGCUCGCUGCGCGCCGGGGCCCAGUGCGCCCACGGGGACUGCUGCGCGCGCUGCCUGUUGAAGCCUGCGGGCUCGCCGUGCCGCCUGGCCGCGGGCGAGUGUGAUCUGCCCGAAUUCUGCACGGGCGCCUCUCUCCACUGUCCCCCGGACGUUUACCUACUGGAUGGCUCGCCCUGCGCCGGAGGCCACGGCUACUGCCGGGACGGCGCGUGUCCCACGCUCGAGCAGCAGUGUCAGCAGCUCUGGGGGCCUGGCUCCCGCCCAGCCCCGGAGGCCUGUUUCCAGGUCGUGAACUCUGCCGGAGACGCCCAUGGGAACUGUGGCCAGGACAGCGAGAGCCGCUUCGUGCCUUGUGCACAGAGAGAUGCUCAGUGUGGGAAGCUGCAGUGCCAGGGUGGGGAGCUGAGCCCACUUGUGCCGCACAUGGUGCCGGUGAACUUCACUGUUCACCUAGAUGGCCAUGAGGUGACCUGUCGGGGAGCCUUUGCACUCCCUGGUGCCCAGCUGGACCUGCUUGACUUGGGCCUGGUAGAGCCAGGCACCCAAUGUGGACCUAGAAUGGUGUGCCAGGACAGGCGCUGCCAGGACACUACCUCCCAGGAGCUGGAGCACUGCCUGACUGCCUGCCACAACCGUGGGGUGUGUAAUAGCAACCAUAAUUGCCACUGCGCUCCAGGCUGGGCUCCACCCUUCUGUGACAAGGCAGGCUUCGGUGGUAGCGUGGACAGUGGCCCCAUGCAGCCUGAAAAACACAAUGCCCUCCUGCUGGCUGUGCUCCUUAGCUUCCUGCUGCCUCUGCUCCCCGGGGCCGGCCUGGCCUGGUGCUGCUACCGGCUCCCAGGAUCCCAUCUCCAGCGAUGCCUGUGGGGCUGGAGGAGGAACUCCGCGUGCAGUGGGCCCAAGGAUGACCCAUGCAGGGACCACCGCCUGGGCAGCGUUCACACCAUGGAGUUGGAUCCAGCAGCCACUGGAGAGCCCCAGCCCCAGGGUCAAGUCCAGAAGCCAAGGUCCUAUCUCUGGUGAGAGGUGGCAACUGAGAUGAGAAGAUUUAAAGUCAGGUGGCCAUUGACAACCACUCUAGGAACUUGGAUUCCCCAGGGCAGAGCCAGCAAGUCAGUGGACCUGCUGCACCCUCAGGCAGCUUGGAAGUUUCUUCCCCCAGUUGAGCACUGACCCAUCCAUUCCUGGAACUCAGAGCCUCAUCAGAAGUGGCCCAAUAGUGUCCCUGCCCCUGAGGGCUGGAGUAUCCUGCAGGGUACACGCUCCAGCUCAAUAAUCCAUCAGUCCAAGGAACAAAAGUCACAUAGUCCCUGACCUCCCCCCCCCAGGGGAGGCUGGAUCAUGACGGGCACCCGGAGAGGCCUCUGUCCUGGCAGCCUGGUGUGUCUCCUACACGUGCAUCCUCAGACCUAGCUCUGCAGGGCAGAGACUGCAGGACCAGAAGCUGGAACUCCUGAGGCCCUACAUUUCAGACUGAGUCUGCAGUUCCCUGGAGCUUGGCCCCAGCAAAGAAACAAAAUUGUUGGGACCUUCUUUCCUGUCUCCUCCUGCUCUGUCUUGUUCCCUAGAUGCUUGCUAAGUAAGCCCCCACUCCCAUGCCUAGUCCUCCACCUGAGGUUUUGGAGGAUUGUAGGGUCUGCAGCAGCCCCCUCACUUUAGACAUUACCCAACCUCUCCCCCGUUCUGUGGGAGGAGACAAAGGCAGCCGUUGUAGAAAAGACACCAGAGUAGAAGUCAGCAGACAGA